ACACAAGAGUGUUUGAUGUUUACACAUUUAUGUUAAAGUGUGAAAAAAGAAAAAUUAAAUAAGUCUAGUGAUAAUUAUAAUGCUUUGAGUGAGAGUGUGUUACGUAGGAUUUAAUUGGUAUGACCGGAUAGCAGGGUCAAACUCUUAAAUACACUUUUAGAUGCUGUACUAGACGCCAUACUGUUAUACAGUGCCGUGUGUUGUGUGGCAUGGAGCCAUCACUAACUGAAUUCUGUUAGUAGCUUAUUGCUGCUUUUAAAUAAUUCGAGGACAUUGCACUUUAUCCCUUUUUUGCAUCCUUUUUUUAUUUUAUUAUUUACAUCAAAAUAACAGCCAUUUUGUUUCAUGACAUUUCAAAUGCUCUGCUUAAUAAUCUUGGAGUGCUUGUGGUUAGCCUUUAUCUUUGGAUUCUUUAAAUGAAUAUUCAUUAUUAAAUGAUAAUUGUUAUGUAUGACAGUAGUAUAUAUGGUUAAUAUACAAAUCAAUGUUAUGUAAUAUGAUAAGUCCUGCUAUUUAUCACACAACCUACGCUGGACACUUAAAUGUUAUUGUACUUUGCUGGAUAAUGCUAAUUUAUUUCUGCUUGACUUGAUGUUAGAUUUCUUUUUCAAUUUCAAUUAUCAGUUUUUAUUGACUAUCUCAAUGUAUUUGUCAACAGAGAUGAAUAAUAAUUUUAAUUUAAAAUACCGGUUGAAAAAUUUAGUAUUUAGGUUGAAUAAUUUAAUUACCAUGGAAUAAGAUGAAAUGAUGAAUAAAUAGGAUUAUAAAUGCUAGUGAGAGCAUUUAAAUUAUCAAAUGUAUAGCACACACAUUUAGGUGUUAUCUGUAAUAGUACUGCAAAAUGAUAAUAUCUGGUGACUACAACCAUAAUAAAUAAUUAAUGGACUGAUAUAAAUGCUAAUUUCAAUUGAUGUUUGAUAUUCUUUAAAGGAAAUGUAACUUUUUGUGUCAGAAAAAACAAUGAUGAUUUUAUUGGAAAAAUUAUCUUAAGAUAAAACAGCAUGAAACAGAGAUAGACUGUGGAAGCUACAAGCUGAUCCAAAAAUGGAUAACAAGUCAAGACAGCAGUUCAAGUUGACGACUUUCUUACUGCUGUUACUACCUUUGGUGGUCUUGGGAAGUUUACAACAUGAGGACGAUGACUUGGUGUUUGAUGACAUGGAUGAGGAGGAUACUACAGCACAACAGCCUUUAAUUCAUCCCAGUCCUAUUAGUCAUAAAGCUUUGGAGUUAAAUAAAACACCGGUCGAUAAUGUGGGCAAUUAUGAGAAACAGGAUCAUCAUUUGAAUAAAGUUGAACGAUUGUGGAGUCUUCCUGAUGUUACUACCACUACCGGGCAUGUUUUUAAACUUAAGAUUCCUAAACAAGCUUUUGGUGGAAGUAUUACACACUAUGAAGUACGUGGAAGAAACAAUAAACCAUUACCACGAUGGCUGUCGUUUGAUGAAGCAACCUUUACACUAAUGGGAGUUCCAGCUAAAGAGGACAUAGGCCCACAUUAUGUAAGCGUCAAAGCCUACGGGAUGGCUAACAAUGAUGCUGCUGAUGACGUGUUCACCAUCCAAGUGAUAGAGAAAUAUCAAACUGACAAACACAAAGAUGAAAAGAUUUCGUGUGAUCUAACUAAACAAACACUCAUGACCUUGGUCCUAGAUGUGAGAUUUGAUGAUCUCAAACCUGAUAAAAAAGUCAAAGCAUUAGAGAAACUUGCUAAUCAUCUAGGAUUUCAUGUGAGUGCAUUGUCAAUGAGUGGUAGUAGUCUGAAUGACAAAGAAGACAAUAAAAUUGACAAUUUUACGAUAAUAUCUACUGGGCCUGGAUCCAAUGUUAAACAUCGACGUCGGAAGGAUAAGCAUUCAACUUUUAUACAAUGGCAGGUCGGCUGCGAAGGUCACUUAUGGAAGCAUCAGGCAGAUUUAUUAAAGAUCAUAAAGAAACAAACAAAAGAUAAGACGUUGACCAAAACACUUCACUCACCAGUUGCUUAUUGGCAAGUAACAACAGCUACAAAUUUAAAAUCAGUAGAAGUUGGAAAAGUGUCCAAAAUAAAGCAUAUCAAGAAGAAAGUGAAAACUGAGUCACCGCGGGAUGAUGAUUUGGUACGAAGUCGUAGAGAAAUUGGUUCUGGAGACUACGGUACAAACAAUGAUAAUGAUAAUGACGAUUAUGAUGAGAAUUAUGAGGAAUACGAUGAUGCGUAUGAUGAUAAUGAACGAGGAGUCAUUGAAGGUGAAGAUGAUGGUGAUGAUAAUAAUGAAUCAUUCACAGAAAUACCACCUAGUAAAUUCUUACCGUCAGUGGAUCACUUUAGACCAAAAAUAGGCGAUGAAGAACCAGAACCACCAGUAGAACAUCCCCAUAGACAUCAUCAUGGUCAAGGAAGUUCCGAUUGGAAACCUGUGGAGCAUAUAAAUGAGGAUGAAAUCAUUCCUGGUAUUGAGAAUAGACAUGAAACAAACAUAGUUACAACAUCGGAGAUGUCUACAACAGCACAAGAGACAACUUUGCAAACAACACCUACAACAACUGAAACACCAUUACCAUCACCAAGUAUAUCGUCAACUUCAACUACUCAACCGGUAUAUUCUACAUUGAAUACAACAACGAUUGAAUUCGAAACAUCAUCUAUGGGUGUUGUGUCACCAGAAACGCCAACGAUAACUUUAAAAACGAGCAUAACAACAGAAACUACUACUAAUGAAGCAAGUAUAACUCAAUCAUCAUCACCAUCACCAGGAAUCAGCUCUAAAAGUGAGCUUGACUCUGAUAAUGUUGAAGAAUCAAAUAGAAUCGACGAUUUCAAUACGCCAAUCACCCCGAUUGUUAUAACAACAACAACAAUACCAUUGGAUAUUGAUACUAUUAGUCCUAUUACAUUUUUACCUACAACGUUGUUUAACCCUCCCACGAGCACAGCAACGACAAGUGACAUUGUGGAGACGAGCACGAUAUUCACAACUGUUAAUAAUACUACUGAUCAGGUGACACAAAGCUCUUCAAUGCUUACAACAGAUCAGAUGAGUAAAACGACAACAAUAAUACCUCAUUUUGAUAGUAAAUCAUCCACAGCAUCUGAGUCUGAACCAGUUUUGAAUUUCACUUCUAUCACAACGUCUCCUGCAAGCUCAGUGACACCACCGGUAAUGACAACAAUAGCUACUGAAACAAUACCAAGUUCUACACUGAGUACUGUUGUUAGUGAAAGUAGUACUGGUACUACUUCUGUUGUUAUUACCAGUACUGUUAGCACUACUACAACCACAGAAACACCAGAAUUUCCAACAGAAAAAAUUGAAUAUGAACCAGCACAUAAUUAUCCACCUCAACAAGAGCAAAGAUUACCAAAAGUUCCAAUUACUGCCGGAAAACCACUCAGUUAUAUUAUUCCACCUAACACAUUCAUCGAUCAUGAAGAUGGAGACACCAGGAAUCUUAGACUUGCUUUAUAUUUCGAAGGUAGUCUGUUGAAGGAAACUCAUUGGCUUCAGUUUAAUAAUCAGACUCAAGAGGUUUAUGGGCUUCCUCUUGAAAAAGAUGUUUCUGUAUGGGGCUAUGAACUAGUAGCUUCAGAUCGUCAAGGUCUUCGUGCUUCUGAUCGUUUAGAUGUUUAUGUACAACAGCAUCGAUCAAGUCGAUCAGUAAAUCAUGAGUUCAAUUUAUAUUUGAAAAUUGAAAACAAGCGAAUGACUUUCCCUGUUGAUGUUGAUUGGGAAUUGAAGAUCAUCAAAAGUUUAGCAGAGCUAUAUGAUGACCGUGAUACAAAUCAGAUAACAGUGAGAUCAAUAAAUCUAUUAGGCAACGAUCAAGCGGUUUUUACUUGGACUAACGAUAGUAUUCCAAGAACUAGUAAGUGUCCAAAAGAUGAAAUAAACAAGCUGUACCAUAUUUUAGUAGCUAAUAAGGAGGGUGAUCCCAGUGCCAUGUUGGAAAAUAUUUUACCUCCAGAGAUACAUGUAAAGAAAGUUACACUAACUGGUUUACGUCUAUGUGAUAAUUUAAAUAAUCAUCAUCAUGGACCUGUAGUAGUAGUACCAUCGCCAUCAUCAAUACCGUUACCAGAGAGAGGUGGAGAAAGUACACAAGAGCCUAAAGUUAAUAACUCUCCGAUGCCUAGAAAUCAAGUUGAUCACAUCAGUGCCGUUGUUGGCCAAUUACUUAUAUUCCGGGUACCCAAGGAUACAUUUUAUGAUCCUGAAGAUGGCUCAACUACGUAUUUAAAAUUAUCUUUGUUAACUAGUGAUAGGAAUCCAAUACCGCCGAGUGAUUGGCUUCAAUUUGAUACUAAGAAUCAAGAGUUCUAUGGAGUUCCAAUGAAGGUAGGUCGUAAAGAGUAUCAGUUAAUUGCUACUGAUAAAGAUGGAGCCAGUGCCAAUGACAAUCUUGUGGUUGUGGUAGAACCAGCAUCGACAGUUAAACCAAGUGCUGAGUUUACCAUUAAGCUUGGUGUCAAUUAUAAAUUGUUCUCACAAUCAGCGAUGCUGAAGAAAAACUUUAUUUUAAAAUUACGUGAAUUAUUUGGUGAUAAAGAUACUAAUGCCAUUUCUAUUACCAGCAUUGUGCCAGCUCCUGGUAGUAAUAAUACAAUUGUUACCUGGAGAAAUACAACUCUUCCGACGGCUUAUUGUCCCAAUGACGAAAUUACCCGUCUGAGUGAAGUUCUUUUUGUCAAACCUGACAAUAAAGAGCUCACUAACAGAAUUGAAAGAAUUAUGGGUACCGAGUUCCCAGUGGAUCAAUUGACCUUAACCCCAAUGGAAAUUUGUCUUGGAGAAUUUACACGCGUACAUUCGCAUGACAGUGGAAGAGGAAUGUUACCACCAAUAUUAUCAGGAGCUGAUCGUGAUGAUGAUGAUCUAAGAACUUUAGGAACGUCUCAAGAUGAUUAUCUGAUAACCUUUGUGCUUCCUGCUAUUAUCAUUUCAGCUAUGUUAGUCUUAGCUGGAAUAAUAGCUUGUGUGUUAUACAAAAGAAAACGCAGCGGAAAAAUGAGCGUCAGUGGUGAACGUGAUGAUGAGCGGCAAACAUUCAAGAGCAAAGGAAUACCAGUUAUUUUCCAAGAUGAACUGGAAGAGAAACCUGAUCCUGGUAAUAAAUCACCCGUAAUUUUGAAAGAAGAGAAACCACCCCUACCACCACCUGAAUAUCACCAAGAGAAAGUUGAUGAUGGAUCUGAUCAGCCUAUGCUUCCAAAAGAAUCGAAUUCUGAAGAACCAUAUCAACCACCACCUCCGUUUGCUAGAACAUCUGAUAAUACUCGUCAAAAUCGUCCUAAACCAACACCUACGUACAGAAAGCCACCACCGUAUGUACCACCCUAACAAAAUAUGUCAUACAUGAUGCAGCGUAAUUUUAAAAUAUCAUAGUUGUUCAUCGAAAAUUACUACUACUGCUACUACUACUAUUAUUAUUGAAGGAAUCAAUAAGUUUAAGAUUCUACAGAUAAAGAUUGGUAAUCAUGUUUCAGUAAAAAUUGAAAAAUCAAGGCUCUAAUAUCAAUACUGUUGCGAUCGUGUUGCAACUACAAUCAAACUUAGUCUUCAAGUUUGCAUUAAGCGGCCAUGUUUUGGCAUUAAAGUCGAUAUUAAUAUACCAGACUUUAUCUUUAGGAACUUUAUUAAUAAAUGAGACUAAUUAAAUAUCGAGUUUAAAAAUAGGUUUCAGUGAUAAAUAACCAAAAGAUUCAUUGGAGUAAAUGACUGAAAGUCGGAAUUGUAUAUUAAUGAUUUUUUCAUUAGGAACUACAGGUUAAUACCUUUUUUAAUUUUUCUAUUUAAUUUUUUUUACAGAAAUGUGGAUUUUAUAAUGUGAUUUUAUAAUAUCCUAAGAAAAAUAUUAAAUUGUUUAUUUUUUUUUUAAUUUGUAUGGAUGGUAAUCAGUGCAUUCAGCGAAAGUUAAUGAUCCCAAGCAAUACAUCUAUUAUUUUUACCAACUGUUUUCUUUCUUAAUGCCAUGAUAACGUUAAAUACUUAAUAAUAGUGAACAAUAAAUAAUUUUACAGAAAUAUUUGUAGUGAUAAUCAAAAAUAAAAUGUAUAUUUUAACACAAUUUAUUUUUAAUGUAUAGAUUAGGUAGUUGCUGACUGCACUAGAUGUUUGCGAAUAAUUUUAAAGACUUUUUAAGACUCAAAUAAUUGAAUUUACAUUUAUAAACUGAAAAAUGUUAAGUCGUAUGAAAAAAAAGUGAUUGAUUUUAAUUUUCAACGAAUCUCACAAUGAUAAUGUAUAAAUUGUAAUACUAAAUUGAAUUUAAGUAACACUGGUGACAUACAUAAUUAUACGCAGCAGUGCCAUUUAUUAAGCAAUAAGUGUAAUAUUUAUGCCUAAAAUAACUAGCUGAUUGAAUAAUUAUAUAAUUAAAAAUAGUGCAGAUGAUAAAACAGAAAAAAAUAAUAAUAAUUAUUACAUGGUCGUAGAAUCACACGAUAAUUAAAUUUAUUUUGAAAUGAAAUUAAAGAUUUGUUGACUAACUAGAAUACUCAUUUUGCAUCAUCACUGCCAGAGACUAUCACAGACUAUCAAAAGAAUACUAAGCAUGAAAUUUAUACGUACUUUUUUAUGAUUAUAAUUAUUUUACGAUUAAAUUAGAGAGAAAAAAAAAUUAAUUUGUCAGCACUUUAGUGAUUAAAUGCACAAAUUAAUUGUACUUAAUACUCGGAAUUUGUACUAAUAAUUUUGACUGUGAAUAUAAAAAUUGAUGUUUAAUCAAUAUAAACAUGCUUCCAUAAAAUAACGAAGAAUGGAUUAACUAAAAGUGAUUAUGAGAUACUACAAAAGAGCGUAGAUAUGAAUUAAUGGAGGAAUAAAGUAGAUUGAUUAAUUAAUAAUAAAAUGUAAUAAAGAUAACGUUUGUCAAUUGAUUUACGCAGAGUAAUUUGAUACUUGUUUGAUAAUUAUAUUCAAUAUAUAGCUGAAUAUAGUGACUAAUACACAACAUAUUAAUAUAAUAAUUAAAAUAUUAUAAGGAACAUGUAUGAUGAAUGUCCAAUAAACCGAAGGAGUAAUAUAAUGAGUAAUGGAAGAAAAUUUGAUAAAUAAACGGCUUUAAAUUUUGA